AUGGCGACCCUGCUUCUCAUCUCCUUGGUCAGCUGUCUCGUUGCUGUGAAUCAAGCCAGCCUCAUCAACCGAUGUGACUUGGCCAAGGUGCUGCACCAGGAAGACUUGGAUGGCUUUGAGGGCUACUCCCUGAGUGACUGGCUGUGCCUGGCUUUCGUGGAAAGUGACUUCAACAUAACAAAGGUAAAUGAAAAUACAGAUGGCAGCUUUGACUACGGCAUCUUCCAGAUCAACAGCCACUACUGGUGCAACGAUUACAAGAGUCACACGGAAAACAUUUGCCAAGUGGACUGUCAAGAACUGCUGAGCUCCAAUCUUCUUUCAAUCAUCAACUGUGCGAAAAAGAUUGUGUCCAGAGCAGGGGGGUUGAAGAACUGGGUAAAAUGGAGGUUGCACUGUGAAGGCCGGCCACUCUCCUACUGGAUGACAGGAUGCCACCUGGCAUGA